AUGAAGCUGGUAAUAGUCCUGUCAAUUAUAGCCUAUGGCUAUGCGGAUAAGUUAGACAGAGCUUACCUUCCGCCAGUAAAUGCUGCAACAGCCGGGGGAAGCCCCGGUGCCUUAUUAGCUCCAGCUUCUGGAAACCCAGGUUCUAAUUUAGGCCAAGCGGGUCAAGUUCCAUCUGGAAGACAGCCAGGUGCUGGAUCAGGGCAGUCUUUUCCGUCUACUUUUGGGGGAGUUUCUGGAAAGGCUCAAAAUGGACCUGGAUUUGGAGCUGGAAAUAAGCAGAGCUUAAGUGGGACCGGUUUAAAUGCUUUUGCGUCUACUGGUAAUAAUGGCAACGUUCCAUUACUUGGAGCAAACGCUCCCUUUGGUACUUCACAAAGUACAAAUUUUGGUUCGAACAAGGCACCUGGAGCUAAUACAUUCAAUGUUGGAAGUCAGCAAGCUUACAGGCCCCAAUCAGCAAGACCUUCCAGCCAGGGUUUCGGACAAGAAACUCAAGCAAUCAACGAGGCUCAAGCAUACAAACCUGAGCGUUCUCAGGCAGCAGCCGACAGAAACGCUGAAAUUCUAAAGUAUGUGAAUGAAAAUAAUGGCGAAUCAUACCUAUACAGCUACGAAACAUCCAACGGUAUUUCUGUUGAAGAAUCUGGUGUUGCAACAAAUGGUGUAAAGGCUCAAGGUGGAUUUUCUUACACUGGUGAUGAUGGUCAAAGCUACUCCCUUACCUAUACUGCUGACGAAAAUGGUUUCCAACCGCAAGGCGAGCAUUUGCCUACUCCUCAUCCUAUUCCUGAAGAAAUAUUGAAAUCAAUUGAAGAAAACUCUCGAGCGGCUGCAGCUGGUACUCAAGAAGGUGCAUACCGUCCCGAGGAAUACGAGUCAGAUGAUUCAGCACUGCAGUAUAAUGCAGGACAAACUUCCUUUAACCGUCCUCAAGGCUCUUAUCAAGGAUCAUUCCAACAAGGACCUACCAGUCAGACUCAAAACAAUCAAUAUUCUGGAAACACAGGAGCCUUUGGACCAAACCCUGUAACUGGUCAAUCAGACCAGUUUGGUCAAACAAAACUUAGCCAAGGUCCAAAUCAAUUUAGUGCUGGACCCAGUGGACUACAAGGGCCAAUCAAGCAAUAUCAACAAGCUUCAGGAAGUAAUCAAGGCCCAGUAGACCAGUUUUCAGGACAAUCUGGUCAGAUUGAUAACGUGAAACCUUUCGCUGGAUCGAGUCAAUUUACUACAGGAGCUCAAGGACAAAGCAAUCAGUAUCAAACAGGACUUGGAAAUAGCCAACGUCCAUUCGGUCAGUCUUCGAACCAGGGAUCUUUCACUCAAGGUUUGGGUCAAGGCCAGGGUUCAAGUGGAUAUAACUACAAUCAACCCCAAAGUAAUUUAGGGGCAGUAACACAAUUUGGGUCGGGUGCCUCAGUUCAGAACCGUCCUCAAGUCAAUCAAGGUCAAACAAUUGCAACAUCAGGAACAACUUUUGGACUUCAAUCUGGUAAAGUUUCACCAUCUGAAAAACCAUUUGGAACUUUCCAAGGAUCUCAAAUUAGUCAAUUGCAGAACUCUGCAAAUAGGCCUGGCAAUCAACUUAUUGGUUCCGCUGUUAAUCAAUUAAAUCCAAGUAAACCAUCAUUUGAGUCACAAGGAUUUCCAGUCAGACCUGGAAGCCAGGAGUCUGCAGGAUCUACCGUAUCUUCAGGGUAUCAGUACCAGGCAAAUGCAAAUCGACCAUCAUUUGGAUUAAAUAAGCCCAGCGGAUCUAGUUUCCAACCUAGCCAAGGAUCUCAGUACCAAAGCAACACAAACAAACCCUCUCUUGGCACAAACAAUGGAAUUAAAGGUCAACAAUACCAACAAAAUGGAAACCGACCAUUUGGUGGAAGUUCUGCAUUUAACCAAGAAUCUGUACCUUUUGGAGGAUCUUCAGGGAAUAGAACACCUGGAUCCGGAAGCUUGUUUGUUCCAGACAAUCAGCCUUUUGGUUCCACCAUAAGACCCAGUAUCUCACAGUUUGGGCCUGAAAGUCAACAAUCUACUUCUGCUCGAGGAUCAUCUGGUGCAGCCCCUAUUCAAGCUCCAUAUCAAUAUAAUAAGCCCAGCCAGUCUUUCCCAGCGCAGCAACAGCCAGGUUCUUCCGCAAAUCUGAGCCCAAACGGCAAACGUCCAGCUGGCAGUUCUUUUGGAUCCCAGGGUUUUAAUGGUCAGAAACCAGGUGUCAGUUCUCCUGGAAAUCAGGCCAUAAAUGGACAGGGCCCAAGUUUUAAUCCUCAGGGUUACCAAGUUGCGAGUACACAUCCCAGUUUAGCGGGAACACAGGGAGUGAAUGGACAGGGUUCGGACAGCAGUUCUUUAGGGCCACAAGAUCAACGACCAGGUGGUAGUUUUCCAAGUUCUCAGACUGUUAAUGGGCAACGCCCAACCUAUACGGGAAUUCAGGGAAUUAAUCAGCGACCAGACGGUAGCUCUUCAGGAUCCCAAGGUGUCAAUGGCCAACGUCCUUUUUCACCAGGAAAUGGAUCUAGUCAAGGUAGCCAGGGUAGACCAGAACAAUUCGGAGGCCCAAGACAACCGCCAAGCUUCAAUUCACAGGAAGGUUACAAAUAUUAG